AUGACAUCAUUUUCUUUUUGUAAUGCACCAAAAUUAAUCUUAGAAUUUUGUACACGUUAUGAAACACCAAAAGUAGUUCGAUUUAAAUCGACAUCAGUCGCUUUUUUAUCUCAUAUAAUCAAAUUAUUAUUAGCUGUCUAUUGUAUACUAUUGAUGUUUCAACAAAAUUCGUAUCAAAUAUUUGAUCGUAGUCCAAUAUCGGCUGUCACGAUCAGAAUAAAAGUAUCUCCUAAUUGUUCAAAUCAUUUAAAUUACAGUUGUACAGAUCCAAAAGAUGAUGCUGUCGAUUUUAUUGUACCACCGCAAGAGAACAGUGCAAUAUCCAUAGUAACGCGUGUCAUUGAAACUGAAUAUGUAUUACGUACAUGUAACAAAAUUGAUCGAAUUAAUGAACAUAAUUGUAGUGUAAAACAACAGUGUGUAAUACCACCCUAUUAUCGACAAUUAUUAGAAAAAACAAAUCAGACAUUACCUCCUCUUUGUUGGCAUAAAUUCCCAUCGCGUACAAAAAAUAAUUAUGACGCACUCAGUUAUGUUCUAUUUAUUAAAAAUUAUGUCGAAUUUCCACAAUUAAACCUUGUUCGACAAAACCUUGUCACCGAUUCAGUAAAACCAUCGUAUUUUAUUUCAUGUAAAUAUGAUGAAACAUAUCAUAAAUUAUGCCCAAAUUUUCAUAUUAGUAAAAUUCUACAACUAGUUCAAAUAAAACAUGAUGAAUACAAACAAAUAUUUCAUUAUGGAUCAUUAAUUGAAAUCAAAAUUAUAUGGAAAUGUAAUUUAGAUUUUUCAGUAAAAAAGUGUAUACCAAAUUAUGUAUUUUCUCGAUUAGAUAUGCCCUAUUCAGAUAAUAUUUUCAUUCCCGGUUAUAAUUUUGAAACAUCAAGACAUUAUUAUACAGACGAACAUGAAUUACAUAGAAUUACAACAAAAAUCUAUAGUUUAAGAUUUUUUAUUACUGUUACGGGUGAAGUGGGCCGAUUUGAUCUAUUUCAAACAACGACAAGUGUUGGCUCAUUUCUCGGUAUUUUUGGCAUGGGUGCAAUUAUUUGUGACAUUAUUGCAGCAUAUAUUACAAAUUUUAAUUUUGUUAAAUAUGAUGGACAACAAAUUUCUACUUAA